AUGAUGGAGACGCAAUCGCUAGGGAGGAGUCGCCAGGCUCCUGCUGUCAGGAACCACAUAGUUUACACCGAUCACAAGGGAAGAAAGAUACCGUACGCCGACAAGAUCACCCCGGAGCCAAUCUUGCACAACAAUGCGGGCAGGGACACAAAGCCAGACUCGAUCAGAAACAGUUAUAAUAGCCAAUUCAAAGUUGGCAUCUACGGUUGGAGGAAGAAAUGCCUGUAUAUACUUGUCAUUGCGCUUAUGUUUAUGAUGAUCAUUAAUCUAGCUCUCACGCUUUGGGUUCUCAAAGUUUUGGAUUUUAAUUCGGAAGGAAUGGGUCAGCUCAGAAUAGUUCCUGGAGGAUUGCAGCUACUCGGGCAAGCAUUAGUACUCGAUUCUCUAUUUACAUCAAGUAUCAAAUCUCGGAGAGGUCAACCGAUUUCCAUCGAAUCUACCAGAAACUUCUCAGUGUCAACUCGAGAUGCACAGGGAUUACUGCAAAGUAGAUUAUUCUUAGGUCAUGACCGUUUAGAACUCAACGUUGGUCGCUUUGAAGUGAGAGAUUCAAGAGGAGCGUUGCUACUGGGAGCCGGUCAAGAUUCCGUCACCAUAGGAGCGGAUACACUAACGGUUUCCAGUUCAGCUGGAGUGACACUGAAUACCGCAGUCCAGACUUCACUUGUAAAGGCACCCCCAGCGAAACCAUUAGUGCUGGAGUCUCCUACAAGAUCAUUAGAAAUGCAUGCAGCCCAAAACAUAGCUUUGGAGUCAAGAGCUGGCGACAUAAGUGCGAGCUGCCUCACAACCUUCAGACUGAGAUCCAUAGCCGGAUCGAUACGUUUAGACGCACCUAGUAUUUACAUGCCGAAAUUGAAAUCGGCUCUACCAUUGCCACCAUCAGCACAGCACCCGCACGAUCCCCAUCACCAGAACAUUUAUCAGUUGUGUGCAUGUGCAAACGGGAAACUAUUCCUAGCACCACCGCAUGGGAUCUGCGCGGCCAGGGAGGAGAGCCUCAUCUGUCGAUGAUAAUCUUUUCUAGUGUAGAUAUCGGUGUAUUGUUUAUCUGUGUGCGAAAGCUUGAAUUGUCCAUAAAUGUAAAGAACGUAAUGACCAUUUAGAAUUUUAUAGCUUUUAUUUUUUCGAAUUUGGUCGAAAAUGAAAAAUGUUAAUUUUGUCCUUUAAAUUUUUAUUCGUGAGUUGUAUGCAUUUCGUCAUAGUUACGUUUGAUUGUUUGACAUAUAUUUAUAAUUAAUUCAAAUUGUUUGUAAUUUCAUUUCAUUAUAUAAUUAAAUUUUAUCAUAAAUUUUAAAUAUGUUAUCUAAGUAUGUUAGCUAAAUUGGGAAUAUAAUUUCAUAAAAAAUAAAUGAUAUUGCGGAGCUUUUGAAAUGAUUAGGCAUGUUUUUACUUAAAUGGUAUAUAGCAGUGA